AUGGAGAGCGUCUUCCACGACUACUAUUACAGGAUUCAGCCAGAAGUCACCAUCAGUGACCUUGCAGCUCUCAAACAGAGUGAAGAUGAACCUGCCCAAGACUUUAUAAACAGGUUCAGGAAGCUCAAAAUGAAGUGCCGAAUCCCCAUCGAAGAAAGACACUUCAUCCAAAUGGCUCAGGCUGCCCUCAAAAUCUCUCUGAGGAAAAGAUUUGAUGGGAUGCUGUUUGGAGAUCUGGCAGAACUGGCAGAUAAAGCGGCCAAGUACGAGGAAUUGCUCAGAGAGGAACAGCAGAAGAGAAACUCUUCCAAAGGCACGUAUUAUAAAUCCCCUUCUUCCUCAAUACAUAUGAUUGAAGUAGAGUCAGAAGAAGAUGCGGAGGAAUCAGAAGAGAGAGAGGUUGCAGUUGCGGAAAUGGCAAAAAUAAAGCAUCCCAUCAGUUGUAAAACUCUUACAAAACCUCCAAGGGAUCAGAAGCCGCCACCAUUCACAGGAGGGUUUGUUCCAAACAAACCCAUGCAGAACAAAGUGUAUUCCUUCGAUCUGACCAAAGUAGAUGCCUUGUUUGAUGAAAUGUUGCUACAAAAAGCAAUAGAGACGCCUCACAGAAUGCCCAAGCCAGAAGAACUCAAGGGCAGACAGUAUUGCAGAUGGCACAAUUCUUGGAAUCAUUCUACCAAUAGUUGUGUUGUUUUCAGAGAUGUCAUACAGGAAGGGAUAAUAGCAGGAAGGCUGAAGCUGGCAGAAAAACCUCCAUCUGUCACCACAGAUCCUUUUCCCCUGCCACAAGUUAACAUGGUCAACCUAAAUUGGCCAGAACGAAGGAAGGACAGACCAGCCAUACAGGCUGGCUCCAAUGGAAGCAGAAUAGUUUCAAAAGAGACUAUGGAAAAACCAAAAGCAACCAUUUCAGCUGGAAUAGUACUCUGCAGCAGGUGCAAGUGUGAGGCUGAGUUGGAAGUGGUCCUGGAAAAACAGGAGUUGCCCACUCCAAGUGUUUUUGACCGAAUCGGAACCACGCCCCAUGAUAGGGCCAGACAAAGAAACUACCCUAGGCCUGUCCAAUCCAACAGAAGAGUGACUAAGCAGCCCAAGGAGGAAAUAUCAAUAAAAGUGCCCGGAAGUGACAAACCUUUGGCAGCCAUCAUUGAAGGCAGGUGGUAUUCUGUCGGCAAGAAUGGCAGACCAACAAUGGAGCUAACAAGAACCCAAAGGAGGAGGAAGUUGACAAAAGCAGAAUCCUCAGAGAAACCUUCUAUCCAUCCUGCCUCCGCCUCAGGAGGUCUACUUGAAACUCCCCAACUAGAGGAAAGAACCGAUCCUGUUCCAGGAGAAGGACAAGAAGACUGGGUUGAGGAAGAUGAAGAGGAGCAGCUGGAUUAUGAGCCAUCUACAGAUGACCAGAAUACGCUCCUCGGGACAGAAGAACUAGGAGAAUGGACGGAGGAAUAUGAUGGAGAGCAGAUGGAUUAUGACGGAGAGUUGGAUGCGGAAACUGAGGCCUUUGGUGCAGAAUUGGAGGACUUGUUACGUGCUGACCUAGGCAUUAAUAUGGUGUUCAUUCUGCCAGAAACGUUCUGGGCGGUAGAAGGACAGAAGAGCACUCUGGACGGAGACGUAUUUUCCCAAGAAAGUUUUGAAUGCAGGUUGGCAGAAACGGAAGAAAUGCCAGAACAACAAACAGGCAAUCCCAGAAUAGAAGGAGCAACCCACAAGCUGACAACAGGUCCCCUUUGCUUCUCCAAACCAACCAAAGAAAUGGCAAACCACCUCAGACCUUUGUUUAUAACAGCAAACUUUGGGGGUGUUCCUAUCCCCAAAACCAUGGUAGAUGAAGGUGCAGCCAUCAACCUUCUGCCUCACAGAAUGCUGAGCAAAAUGGGCAGAACAGAAAAGGAUUUAAUCCCAACCCGCCUGACCGUCACCAACUUCGCAGGGGGCAUCACCAAAACCCUUGGGAUUCUGGAUGUAGAUGUCUUGGUAGGAAGCAAGAAGCUGAAGGUUGCAUUCUUUGUGGUAGAUACCACCUCCACCACUUACAAUGCAUUGCUUGGCAGAGAUUGGAUCCAUCAAAGUCUGUGUGUUCCUUCCACUCUUCAUCAACAGUUAGCUUUAUGGAACGAAGAUGGCUACAUGGAGAUAAUAGAGGCCGAUCCACGGCCAUUCCUACCUUCUGCCAUGUGUUGCGAGGCAAGGUACUAUCAUGAUGACCUUGGUCCUUUCACUUUCUUUGGAGUCAACCAGAACGGCCGCCCCCAUGGUGUCACGGCCCAGAGACUCAUUGAAGAAGGUCUAACCAAUUCUUUGGAGGAUUGGAACAGACCUUUUGUUCUAAAUUUCCAGAGCACUGAUGUUUAG